AUGGCUUCGGUGUUCGAGAUCGGAAAGUUCGGUGCCCAGGUGAUCAGCGUGCCGGCGGAGAAGAAGCGCGACAAGGCGUCGUCGCCGCCUCUGCCUCCGAAGCCUGUUUUGAUCGUCUCGCCGACCGUCGCGGGUGUUUACCCGGUCGCAGUCUUCCUGCACGGCUUCAUGCUUCAAAACCAAUACUACACGCAGAUUCUGAAGCACAUCGCGUCUCACGGCUUCAUUGUUGUCGCACCGCAGCUCUACACCUUCAUCAGCACACAGUCGACGGAGGACGUGGAAUACGCUGUUUCCGUCGCCAACUGGCUGCCCGACGGGCUCCAACCUCAGCUCCCCGAUGGUGUCGAGCACGAUCUUACGAAGCUCACCCUAGCCGGACACAGCAGGGGCGGGCAUGCCGCCUUCGCCGUCGCCCUCGGCCUUGCAAAAACCCCCCUCAAAGUGAAAUUCUCAACCCUAAUCGGAGUCGACCCCGUCGCGGGAAAGAGCAAAUCGUCGCAGACGCCCCCGAAGAUCCUCACGUACGAGCCGUCCUCCUUCAACCUCGACAUCCCAGUCCUAGUCCUCGGGACCGGACUCGGAGACGAGAAGCCGAACAUGCUGAUGUGCAAGUGUGCACCGAAAGGAGUCAACCACGAAGAGUUCUAUUACGAAUGUAAGCCGCCGUGCUAUCAUGUUGUUUUGAAGGACUACGGGCAUUUGGACAUGUUGGAUGACGAUGCCCCAAAGAUUGCAAGGUACGUUUGUAAGAAUGGGAAGAAUAGCAAGGACGACAUGCGGCGGAGCACCGCAGGGCUCAUCGUCGCGUUCUUGGAGGCCUACGUCGAAGAUGAGAAAGACGACCUCGAAGCAAUACUGGAGGAUCCUCAGCUGGCGCCGGCCGUGCUCGACCCGGUCCGUCGCCGUGAAGAAUGA